GGCCAAAACCCUCAGACGAAGAAACUUCUAGACACUUACUCUGAGAUGGCGAGACGUUUGAUUCCGGCGUUCAAUCGCGUAUUGGUUGAGAAAAUCCUUCCUCCCUCUAAAACUAAUUCCGGCAUCCUGCUUCCUGACAAGACCCCCAAGCUGAACUCUGGGAAAGUUGUGGCAGUUGGUCCUGGAGCUCGUGACAGGGACGGGAAACUUAUUCCUGUUAGUGUGAAGGAAGGAGACACUGUUCUUUUGCCUGAGUAUGGAGGCACAGAAGUGAAGCUUGGUGAAAAAGAGUAUCUCCUGUACAGGGAUGAAGAUAUCCUGGGAACGCUUCAUGACUAACAUGAGAUAGUGCUCACGAAUUCAGAAUCUUGGCUCAGUAGCACAGAGAAGUUUUAGUUGGUCUUUUCUUGAUUGUGCAAGUACUCUAUUUUGCAUUAAGACAGUCAUUGAUAUUGACCCUAAUGGUUACUGGGAACAUGUCAGAAACUUCAAAAACCUAUUAUUCAUAAAGGACUAUUUUGCUAAAGUUCUUUGUUUUGUUUUCAGUUAUUGUUUUAUUUAGAGUUUCUAAAGCUUUGGAGUUUUCAUCAAAUUAAAGUUAAAUCUUUUAGAGUGGUUUUUAAGCAAACUCAGUCUCUUGCUCUCUUCACAACCCUUUUCUCUUCUAGCAUCCGCUGAUUUGCCGAGAGCGUAUGAUUUAUGGUUUUAACAGAAUUGAUGAUGAAGCAAUCAGGAAGGCUUUUACUUAAUCGGUUGUGUCUUCAGAUGGAACCAGCCAUAUUUUCUUCUUUGUACCAAAAUGAAGCGUCCCUGUCAAAAGGACUCAAGCCUGAAUCUCUUGUUUUCUGCUGUAAUAAUGACUCUUCGACAACUGCCAAGAGUGCAUCUCUUUGCCCUAACAACAAGGCUAGCAAGGAAACUCCAUGUGCAACCACGCCCACACCAACUGGUAAGGUAUGAUAGCAAUGCUACUGGAGACCUCACUGCCAGUUGCCACAAC